AUGUCUGCGAAGUUUUUGGUGACUGUUGCGUCUUUUGGAAGUGCUGUUGCGAUUUUCGCAUGUCUUUUUGCGGUUGGCGCGAUUUUCCAGGAUAUCAAUGAGUUUCAGGAUAGAUUUAUGGAUGAUAUGGUGGAUUUUAAGGUUUGUUUGAAGUUUAAAAAGUUUUAAAUUAAAAUUUUUUUCAUGAAAAAAAUAUUGUUUAAAAAAUUAAAAUAGUUUUUUCAUGAAAAAAUUUAAUUUUAAUGUUAAUUUUUUCAUGAAAAAAAAUGUAAAAAAUUUUAACUUUGAUUUUUUCUUUUAAAAAAUCUACUUUAAUUUUUUAAUGAAAAAGUUUUUGAUGAAAAAAAAUUUUUUAGAAAAAUUAACAUUUUUUUCAUGAAAAAAAAUUUACUAAUUAAAAAACAAUUAAAAAAUUAAAAAAAAAAUUUUUUUCAUGAAAAGAAAAUUUUUAUUUUAAUUUUUUCAUGAAAAAAACAUUUUUUUUAAUUAAAAUUUUAAAAAAAUAUUAAAAAAAAUUAAAAAUUUUUUCUUGAAAAAAAAUAUUUUUUCAUUUAAAAAAAAUUUAAAAUGUUUUUCAUAAAAAAAUUUAUUUUUAAUUUUAAUUCUAAUUUUUUCUUGAAAAAAAAAAGUUUUAAAAAAUUUUUGAUGAAAAAAAUAUUUUAAAAAAAUUGAAAUUUUUUUUAUGAAAAAAAAAUAAUUUGAGAAAAAUUAAAACUUUUUUUCAUGAAAAAAUAUUUUUAAAAAAAUUUAAAAAAUUUUUUCAUGAGAAAAAUAGUUUUAAAAAAAUUGAAAUUUUUUUAAAUGAAAAAACAAAAUACUUUUUUUUCAUGAAAAAUUUUAUUUUAAAAAAUUGAAUUUUUUUUAAUAAAAAAAAUGUUUUGAUAUCGAAUACGGUAGGGAGAGUUAUCGCGGAGUGUCGUAGUUUUUGAUCUUUUUUCGAGCAAAAAAAGAACAAAUUUCAAAUUUUCAAGAUUUUCAAUUUUUUUUUCAAAUUUUCAAGAAAACCCGCAUUUUUCACACUGUGUAAUUGUGGAGCAUCGUAGUAUCUAUCUAUUAAAUCUAAUUUUUUUCAUGAAAAAAAAUAAACCAAGAUUUUUCUAGAACUUUGCCGAUGGUGCAUGGAAUGAGAUGCUUCCAAUCACAAAUCCAACUCUGACCUCAAUUUCAAUCGGAAAAUUGUUCGGCCGCGAGAAGCGUAAUGCUAACGCUCAAUGCAAUUGUGGAGCCCAACCAAAUAAUUGCCCGCCAGGUCCAGCUGGUCCACCAGGACAACCUGGAGAGCCAGGAGAAGAUGGCACUCCUGGCGAACCUGGAAACAACGGAAAUAAUGGAAUCGCACUUAUCACUCAAGACAACGGAAAGACUGGUUGUAUUUCCUGCCCGGCUGGUGAACCAGGACCAUCCGGGCCUGACGGGCCACAAGGGCCAAGUGGGCCAGCUGGUCAACCCGGGCAACCAGGCUCUGCUGGGAAGCCAGGGCUCCCAGGGGCACCGGGACCCGCUGGAGAUGCUGGGCAACCAGGUCAACCAGGAUCACCAGGAGCGCCAGGAGCACCAGGAAACAAUGGGACACGCGGAGUUGGUUUGGCUGGGCCACCAGGACCUCCAGGACCACCUGGAGUUGCGGGACAACCAGGAAGACCGGGAGAUGUUGCUGCGCCGGGACAACCGGGACCAGCUGGACCGGCGGGAGCUGAUGGGAAACCGGGAGUCGCUGGACCACCGGGACAACCUGGAAGCGAAGGAGGAGUUGGACAACCGGGAGCUGACGCGGCUUAUUGCUCGUGUCCACCGAGAACUGGAGCGGUUGAGACACAAACUCAAACUGGGGGAUAUAGAAAGAGGAUUUAA